ACGUUGCAGCGGGAGGGGGCGGGCUCGGCCGGCGGCGGCGGCGGCGGCGGCGGCUCCCGGUUCCCGUUUUCCCCCUCCCCGUUCCCCCGGCCCCGCCAUGGUGGUGCCGGCGCGGCGCGUGAAGACGGAGUACAUGAAGCGCUUCAAGGAGCCCAAGUGGGAGUCGUGCGGCGCCUGCUACCUGGAGCUGCUGCGCUACCGCCUCAGCCGCCGCCUCCUGGAGCAGGCGCACCGGCCCUGGCUGUGGGACGGCUGGGAGCAGGAUAGCGGCAGCGGCGGCGGCGGCAGCCCCGCCGGGUCCCCGUCGCCGCCGGGCGCCGGCAGCCCCGCAGCGGCGCAGGAGGAGGAGGCGGCGGCGGCCCCGAGCGAGGCGGGACGGGCGAGCCCCGAGAAAGAAAGAGAAGAUCAAGAAAAGCAGCAGAGGGAAGAGCAAGAAAAAACUGUAGAACGCACUUCUGCAAAGGAAGGAGACAAAACCAGCCGUACAGGACAACGUCCAAAUCAAAGUGCCUUGUCCAGUCGUAAUGAUCGAAGAUCAGCCAAAAGUCCUCAAAAGACAGAUGCACCAAAGGAGAAUAAACAUCCAUUUGCUCUGUAUGGGUGGGGAGAAAGACAGACGGAUACUGGAAGCCAGAAAACUCACAAUGUCUGCGCUUCUGCAUCGGCAAAUGAAAUUCACGAAUCUGCUCUGCGAGCAAAGAACAGGAGACAAGUGGAGAAAAGGAAGCUUUCUCAGAGGCGAGUACGAUCAGCAGAAGCAGAGAAAGCCUGGCGAAUAAAGCCUGCCCCACCAGAUAACCCCUGGAUGACAGAGUACAUGAGAUGCUACUCAGCGAGAGCUCGGUGAAUUGGGAUUCCCUUGGACAUCUUCAAAAGAAGUUACGCAUAUCAGGACACUGGUGCAAGGAACCAAACUACUUAUGCAAGGUUUUUAUAGAGAGUUUCCAGCUGUUAAAAUAUUUGUUACGAUAUUUUUAUCUUGGCUACCUACCUCACAGUGGGGUGUAUCAUUGGAGCCAUAACAUCUGAAGAGGCUCUUAGAUAUAGCUACCCAAACUUAAACAAUUCCCCUUUUGGGAAUUUUUCUAAUGCUUCAGCUGACUUGUUUUGGGGGUGGGAGGGAGGAAUCUUUGCAUACAGGGAAUCAAAGCAAAUACUUUUUGAUCUUGGUUACAAAUAAUCCGUUGUCCCUUAUUUUAAAAGUCCAAGUCAUUGGGAGGUGGUGUUGGGGAAAGACUUUAAAGGUGUGAUGGAGGUGCCUUUGCAUUUAUUGUACUAUUUGAUUUAAUACUUCUACCAAAAGAAAUAAGUAUAUCAAGACAGGCAACAGGAAAGCCAGUGGGUCCAGUAAACAGCACUAAUAAAUGUAGAUGUUUUAGGCAGGCAAAUACCAAGUAUUGUCUGGAUAUAGAAACUUUCAAAAAACCUUGUUUGAUUAGUGAAUCUGCUGAUGCUAACUUUUAUUCCUGUUUCUAGGGUCAUUAGAAUAAACUACUAAUUUUCAGGGCAUGAAACAGCUACAGGACUGUUUUGCAGUUGCUGUGCCUGUUGUACCAAAUAACUGAUGUAGACAAUCAUUAUCUGAUAGCUGCUGCUCAGUAAGCAGUUGCUUGUUCUACCAGUAUCAAGUUGUACCACUGUAUUCAGCUUGUGGUCACACUCUAUGCUUAAUCAUGUAAAUGUGUUUAUUGGAGGAGAGGGCUGGCUCCUGUCUAGUGAAGUCUAUUUUUAACACUUAAGAAUAUCUAUUAUGCUCAGUGUGGGUCAGAGUGCAAUAUGCAUUCCAUUUGGUGGUUUUGUACAAGUAUACUGUUUUAAACUUGAAUAUCAUGUUGAUAAAACUUGUAGAUGAAGUCCUGAAAAGCUUUCUGCCUCUCAAAAUUGGUGCAGAACUCCUCACAAUGGGGAGUGAGGGCUAAGGGAAAGAGGGGUGUACCCUUUAGUAAACAAGAACAUAUAAUGGAGCUUGAACACUCACUCUUUGUAGGUCCUACUUCUACAUAGCAAGACAGUCAUUAUUUGUGAUAUCUUCAGUGUUGUUUUUUUUUUCCCUCAAAAUGAUGUAAAUUAAUUUUUUCAGUUUGGCAGUUUUAGGCAGAUUAUUGCUGUAGUUGUAAGCUUCAAGGUUUUUCUCAGAUGUGUUACGUGUUGUUUAUCUCAGUUUAACUGUUUUGAAGCCUGUGGUUUACAGACUGGACACCUCACAGGGAGCACACUUGCACUUCUGCAGCAGAAACCUGUACUAGUCUUAGCUUAAUUCCACAACCUCAGUGCAUGAGCCAGGCUCUAGAAUUACUACUACAAGAGAGUGUUACAUGCUUAGUGGAAAGCUUGAUUACAAGUGUUACUUGAAAGAAAAUAGUCAUGCAAAGGGGCCAAGCACUGCUACCUCCCUCCCAGGCUUAAUUACAUUACAUCACUAAAGGUUUCAUUACUCUCAAUUUUAAUCUGACUAAGAUGUCCUAGAAUCCAUGAAAUUAUAAUCUGAAUUUUACCUGCCUUUUAAGCACACAGCUGUAAAAAUACAGACUGCUCUUCAGGCUACCUGCUAGAGAUCUUACAGCUUUUAAGUCUGGGAAUGCAAAGUAUGGUUAAAUGUUUUAUACACAGCAAAAUUACUGCAUUUCAACUCUUAAGUAAACCACAGGCUAGAACUUCCUAAAACUUCAGAACAGUGGCCAAAAACUGAGGCAAACUAUUCCAGAGGAUGCCUUUAUAUUCCAUAUGAGAUUCUUUUAAUUUUAUUUUAUGUUGUGUUUUUAUCUUUAAAUAGCUGCUGUAAAUAUGCUUAAAUUGCUCCUGAUGCUGUUUCAAUUCAGAAAUCCACCCAGGCUUUGAACAACAGUAUCAAAGCACUAACUCAGUACCAUGCAACAGCCUUAUUCAAUAAAAACCUCUUGCCUGUUCCUGUUGCCCACCAGCUUUGUAGGCUUUACCUAACUGCAGCAGUUACUGUGCCCUUGGUGUAUUUUGUCACAUUAAACAGUUUCCUUGAUUGCGCAGGGCAGGACUCAUGCCACACUUUCAAAGACAGCUUUGACACUCUUCUUCCCACUGAGAAUGGAGGAGCAAAGAUGACUAUGUGCCUGCAUUAAGUACCUAGUUUUGGAUAAGAUGGAUCUCCCAUUAGAUGUUGGUCUUUCCGGUAACUCUAGAAGGCUUAAAUGUCUUCUGUCUUGGAUCCUGGGUCCCAAAAUUAAAACAUCUCAAACGGGCACCUGUAGGUGUUCUCCAGAGCAUGAGAAUCUUCAACAGCAUCAAGGUUGCUGUAUACUGAGGAAAUAAUCUAGUUCUUAUCCUAGCCUGGUCAAGAGCUGCUCCUCACCAAAACAAUUUGCUAGAAGACAGUAGCAAUGCUAAUCAGGUCACGAGAGUCACUAUCAUGCUUCUUCAAAUGGGCUGUAGCUAAAAAUAAUCCUGGGUGCUAUGUUGGUACUAUCUUGGUUUAGGUAAUAUAAGGCCUAAAGUGUGAGGGGUAAAUUAUUAGGGGUAAAUUAUUCUACAAAUCAGGUAGCCUUCCUGCAUCUGGGCAUUAUUUGACUAAAAAAAGGCUAGUAGGUUUGCUUUUAGACUAUGUGAAAUAGUAUCAGUCUGACCACUGCAAGUUGUACACGCAAAAUAUAUGGCACAUGCCAAGCUGAAUUCUGGAAAAUUUGUUUUAGUGUGAUGUUAACAAAUGAAAAGCCAGUUGACUGGGAAAGCAGAACUUUUCAAGUGUAAAAGCUUUAACUAUAGUCCACAGAUUCCUACAGGAUGUGGCUCUUUUGCAUGAAAAUGGACUCUCAAAAAAACCCAGAAAACCUAGUGAAUGUCACUUAUCAGUUAAGGAAGUUCUGAACUUUGUCUUGCAUGGACUCUUGAAUUCAGCCAAGUGAUGAACACUUCUCACUCCUGUUUCAGAAGUAAAACAUUGUAAGAAUACAGUAAAUACUCAGUUGUCCAAAGUCUUCAUCAAAAUAACUGUUUCUUCCUUUUUGUUUCUGAAAGUACUUAGCUAAGUGAAACAAGACUCUUACAAUGUGUAAUGCUGCCAUUGUAACUAUAGUGUUGUGAAGACUAGUGUUUACAAUGUAAAAUGUUACAAUGAAACCUGUGUAAGAAUGUCCCUGUAAAAUACAGUAGCAUGCCUGUUCUAUCACAUCUUUGCAACUAGGGAUUACAGACUCUUUCACUGGAAGCUGAGAUAGUCAAGGUGAUAGCGAAAGAAACUUAGAGCCAAACUUAACAAAACUGAGGAACAGACUAGAAUUUUUGCUCAGAAUUUUAGCCAGGUAGCAAAUGCACAUUUUAAAUCAAAUUUUUAACAUGUAGGGAAGUGUAUCUGUUCUCAUUGGUUUUAUGGUAUAAUGCAGUGCCACUGAACUAUAAAGGCCUCUCUGACUUUUUUUUUUUUUUUUUUUACUCUGUUAGGGACCAAAAAAUAGCAAUCUGAGGGCCUUACAAGUAGUAACCUGGAUGUUCCAGUUUUUUUUUCCAGCUCAGUGCACUCAGCAGCAAAGCCAUAUAUGGAGCCUGACUCAACACCUUGACAGUAGCUCCUAUAAAAUUAGGGGUACAAGUGAAUGGGAAGCUGCCUCAGCUCUUGUUAGCACUGAAUUCACUUUAAAAACAAUAGGGAAUUACCAUCUAAGCUUGAAGCAAUAUGUGUUUUUAAAAGUUUUUAAAUGGUAUUUGGUUUUAUUGCUUCUGUAUCAUCUGUAUUUGAAAGUAUAGUGUCAACCUGUAUAUGUGAAUAAAACGAGUGACACAAAGUGCCUUGACUGCA